CGCGGAUCCCACGGAGGGCGGCGUCCUGGGCCGGCUGAGCCAUGGCGGCCCCAGAGCCGGCGCCGAGGCGGGGCCGGGAACGGGAGCGGGAGGAGGAGAGCGAGGACGAGAGCGACAUCCUGGAGGAGAGCCCGUGCGGCCGCUGGCAGAAGCGGCGGGAGCAGGUGAACCAGGGCAACAUGCCAGGGGUCCAGAGCACCUUCCUGGCCAUGGACACAGAGGAGGGGGUAGAGGUGGUGUGGAAUGAGUUGCACUUCGGGGAUAGGAAGGCCUUCGCAGCCCAUGAGGAGAAGAUCCAGACCAUGUUUGAGCAGCUGGUGCUGGUGGACCACCCCAACAUUGUCAAGCUGCACAAAUACUGGCUGGAUGCCUCAGAAGCCCGGGCGCGGGUCGUCUUCAUCACUGAGUACGUGUCCUCGGGCAGCCUCAAGCAGUUCCUCAAAAAGACCAAGAAAAACCACAAGGCCAUGAACGCCCGGGCCUGGAAGCGCUGGUGCACACAGAUCCUGUCCGCGCUCAGCUUUCUACAUGCGUGCAGUCCCCCUAUCAUCCACGGCAACCUGACCAGUGAUACCAUCUUCAUCCAGCACAACGGCCUCAUCAAGAUUGGCUCCGUGUGGCACCGUGUCUUCUCCAGUGCGCUCCCAGGUGAUCUGCGAAGCCCAGUCCGUGCCCAGCGGGAGGACGUCCGGAACCUGCACUUCUUCCCGCCGGAGUAUGGCGAGUUUGCUGACGGCACUGCUGUGGACAUCUUUUCCUUUGGGAUGUGUGCACUGGAGAUGGCUGUGCUGGAGAUCCAAGCCAACGGGGAUACCCGGGUCACAGAAGAGGCCAUCACUCGUGCCAGGCACUCACUGAGCGACCCCAACAUGCGGGAGUUCAUCCUCUCCUGCCUGGCGCGGGACCCCAGCCAUCGGCCGUCCGCCCACAACCUCCUCUUCCACCGCGUGCUCUUUGAGGUGCACUCGCUGAAGCUGCUGGCGGCUCACUGCGUCAUCCAGCACCAGCACCUCAUGCCUGAGAACGUGGUGGAGGAGAAAAGCAAGGCGGUGGACCUCCACGCAGUCCUGGCCGAGAUCCCCCGGCCGCCCCGGCCCCCGCGGCAAUGGCGGUACUCGGAGGUCUCCUGCUUGGAGCUCGACAAAUUCUUGGAGGAUGUCAGGAACGGGAUCUACCCGCUGAUGAACUUCGCGGCUGCUCGGCCCCUGGGGCUGCCCCGUGUGCUGGCCCCGCCCCCCGAGGAGGCCCAGAAGGCCAAGACCCCGACGCCAGAACCUUUUGACUCUGAAACCAGGAAGGUGAUCCAGAUGCAGUGCAACCUGGAGAGAAGCGAGGACAAGGCCCGCUGGCAUCUGACUCUGCUCCUGGUGCUGGAGGACCGGCUGCACAGGCAGCUCACUUAUGACCUGCUCCCAACCGACAGUGCCCAGGACCUCGCCGCCGAGCUGGUACACUAUGGCUUCGUUCACGAGGAUGACCGGACCAAGCUGGCUGCCUUCCUGGAAAGCACCUUCCUCAAGUACCUUGGAGCUCAGCCGUGACCUCGCAGCCCAGUCCCCGGGCACCGGCCCUGGCCGCCCACGUGGGGAAGCUCAGCCUUGGCCCAGGGCUUAGGGGACCAGGGGCUGACUGACCUCUGCUUACGUGCCUGGGGGUUGAUGACCAGAUGCCGGCUAGUGAGGAGCUUCUGCCUUCCAUGGCUUUCAAGGAGGCCCUGGAGUGGGGUGGGGAGGGUGGUGGGUUUGGGGCCCAUUGGGGGCAAAGGAGCCUGGGUUGGGGCUCAGGGGAGUAGUUAGGCCCCACAUGUUGUCCGGAUCAGGAUUUUCCCACCUAGCCAGCUUGCACAACUCACAGUCCCUUCUCAUAUCCUGUAUUUCCUGGCCAAGAGUUCUCCCCCACCCCAAGAUAUCUGGUGGGUGAUCGAGCCUUCAGCACGGGAGAGGCUGCGCUGCAGGGAGCCACCGUGUUGGGGCUGGGGGAUCAGUCCCGGACAGAUGCCUGCCCAGGGCAACGCUCCACACCCUGUUGGAACCACAGACCCACCCUGGGAACCCCCCAUUAAGCCAGUGGUACCACACCUGCAGGCGUGAGGCACUAUGCUGGGCACUGGGCAGGGCCACGACCUGGCCGGAGAAGCAGAUGGCAGAGACGUUUCAUGAGUCCCCAGCCCGACACGGCUCCUGCACAGCCCUCUGGCCCCUGCCCAGCGCAGACCCACCUUGGAGACCCCCUCUGACUUUCCACUGCUGUGGGACAGGGACCUGCCACGCCCUCUGCAGGCUGUUCUGGCCCCCCACAGCCCUCUCUAAAGAGCUGUUUUCCCUCCCACAUUCCUAGACCUGGAGGCCUUGGGCUCAGGCAUCCUCCCUGCUCUCGCUGUGCUUUCUCUCAAACUCACUACCCCCCACGUAUAGUCACUCACCCCCUCCUGUGGCAGCUGCCUCCCAGGUCCCGAGGACAGCAGCCCCUGACUCCCUGUCUCUCCCACUCAACUCCCUCCCACUCCUCACUGCCCGAGCCUCCUUUCUCCCAGACCGCCUCCCCUCUGUCUCCAAGAUGAGUUAAGCGUUCUUCAACAUUUUAAAUUGCAUGAACUUACUGCAUUCAGGUUUCUUUUGAGGAAUUUCUAUUGUCAAACCAGGAAAGCUCACCACUGUGUUACUUCUCUGUUGUUGCUAGAAGAAUUUACCACAAACUUAGUGGCUUAAAAUACCACAGAUUUACUGUAGUUCUGCAGGUCAAAAGUCUGGUACAGGUCUCUCCAGGCGUUAGCCAGGCUGCAUUCCUUUCUGAAGGUUCUAGGUGAGCCUAAAACUAUUGCCUAGGUUUCCAUUUUCUGCUUCAGGUUGUUGGCUUGCGGGUGUCAGGGAUAGCAUGGGCACUGGCCAGGAAUUCAUCUCCUUGCAACAGUAAGGCCAAGGUCCCCAUCUUCUUGCCUGCUAUAAACUGAAGGUCAUUUUUGGCUUCUACAGGCACCGCCAUUCUUUGGCUCAUGUACUCGUCCUCCGUCUUCAAAGCCAAAAACAGCCGGUUGAGUCUUUCUCAUGAUCCAUCUGUGGUUUUCUGCAGCCAGGACAGCUUCAUGUAAUUAGGUUGGGUCCCCCUGAAUAAUCGAGAAUAAUCUCCCCAUCACAAGGUCCUUAAUCAUGUAUGGAAAUCCCUUUUGCCAUAUAAAAACAGUCACAGGUUCUGGGGGUUAGGGCAUGGACAUCCUGGAGAGAGGGCAUCAUUUUUCCACCUACUACAUUACCCUAACCAAAAACUAAAAUAAAGUUACCAAGGUGUAUCAAAUACACAUCAAAACAUAGUGAAUCUGGGGCACCU